UCAAGAUCCUACAAACAGCCUCAUUCCUGCAGCUCCACACACUCACCCCUUCUCGCCAUAGGAUGAGUGUGCUCCUACUCCUGGCGCUCUGCACCCUGGCCACGGGCUGCGGGGCUUCAUAUCCACCCCAGCCAGCCAUCAUGCCCUCACCUCUCCUCUCCCUUGACUGCAACAGCUCCUAUGUGCUGGAUAUCGCAAGUGACAUCCUGCAGGACAUCAACAGGGACCGACAGGACGGUUACGUGCUGAGCCUUAACCGAGUGAGAGAUGCCCGUGAACACAGACAGGGGGCUGGUCUGGGGUCUCUGCUCUAUUUCACACUGGACGUGUUAGAGACUGGCUGCCAUGUGCUUAGCAGGACACCAUGGAAGAACUGUGGGGUGAGGUUCUUUCAUGAAUCGGUUUAUGGCCAAUGCAAAGCAAUAUUUUACAUUAAUAAGGAAAAAAGAAUUUUCUAUUUGCCUGCAUAUAAUUGUACUCUUCGCCCAGUUUCUCGAAGAGUGGUUUCCAUGACGUGCCCUGACUGCCCCAGCACCAGUCCCUAUGAUUUGUCAAACCCCAGGUACAUGGAAACUGCUACUGAGUCUCUUGCAAAACACAACAGUAGGAGCCCCUCAAAGCAGUAUUCUCUCGUCAAAAUCACCAAGACUUUGAGUCAGUGGGUGUUUGGCCCUGCCUACUUUGUGGAAUAUUUGAUCAAAGAAUCACCAUGCACCAAGUCACAGGGUAGCAGCUGUGCACUGGAGUCCCCUGACUCUGUGCCUGUUGGUAUUUGCCGCGGUUCUAUGAGUCAAUCCCCAGAAAAGCCGGGCAAGCUUAUCUCCGUAACUUGCUCCUUCUUUAAUUCACAGGCUCCCACCCCUAGAGGUGAAAACGCUGCUGUAAACCAGAGACCUGCAAACCCCACCGAGGCAGAAGAGCCCCAGCAGCAAAACACAGCUCCCACCAACUCACCCACCAAAGCUGUGCUCAAAGGGUCUGUCCAGUACCUUCCUGACUGGGGUAAGAAGCCUGAAGAUUCCCAGGAAAAGGAACCUGUUGAGACUGUCCCUGUGCAGCUGGAUCUAACCACCAAUCCCCAAGGAGAACCCCUGGAUGUCUCCUUCCUCUUCCUGGAGCCCAUGGAGGAGAAGCUGGUUGUCCUGCCUUUCCCCUCAAAAGGAUGGCGCUCUGCUGAGUGCCCAGGACCAGCUCAGAAGGAUGACCCUCGUCUCCUCCCACCAUGAGAACCACGUAGAGGAUGCCUGGGGGCGUACUGUCCUGCAGGAGAUGUGAGGUGAUGGGAAAAGAGAACAGAAAAACAGU